AUGCUUCAUCUGAAACCGGAAAACUUGCUGGUACAAAAAACGUUGACCGAGGCGUGGAACGCCAACGAAAGUGGCACACCAUUGACUUUGGACAGAGUCAUCUCAGAUUUCGAUUACACGACGCUGCACCUCUCAAACUCGCCAGAGAACAAAGCAGUAUUAUGGUUGAGUAUCAAAACCAAAGCGUGGCAGAGUGUUUUGAAGUGCGGAGAAGGCUUUUUAGAGCAUCUAGAAAGCAAAUACAGUGCUUUUCCAGGAAUCGCUCCAGUGGGGCCUGAACAAGGAUAUGACUAUACUCUGACGGUGGACUUGGGACAGCUGCAACCAGACGCAAUCGUGCAGCUCUCGCUGCUCAAGAUCCAUGUUAUGAGCUUCGCUUUCCAAUUGGCGUUUCACGAGUUCUCAAAGCUGAGUCAACAGACACAGGAUCCAGCUUCAUUUUCGGGCUCUAACGAUACGGGAAUCGUGCGCCAGCUGCAAUACCGUGACGACGAGAACAUUUUUGUGAAACCUUCCAACGACCGUAUCACUGUGAUAUUUGAAACCUUUUUCCAGGAUGAGACGGACAAAGUCUUUGGGAAAGUGUUUUUACAAGAAUUUGUGGACGCCAGAAAGCGGAACCGGAGCAUCCAGUCUGCUCCACAGGUGCUUUUCUCACACGAACCACCUCUAGAGGCGGCGUCGUUGAUGUCAGCACGCAAGGCCGACAAGAACAGACGAUUUAUCACGUUCGUGCUAUUCCCACGUCAUUUCCAGACACCAGAGCUACAGUUCUCUACGGUUUGCCAUCUGGUGCUAUUCCGCAAUUACUUCCACUAUCACAUCAAAUGCUCUAAAGCGUUCAUGCACUCGCGUAUGCGUUAUAGAGUCGACUCCUUCAUCAAGGUCUUGAACCGUGCCAAGCUAGACGAAACGGACGACGGAGAGCAAACGCGGCGCACCAUUACAGGCAGAAAGCUGGUCUACUAA